AUCUACUCUGUUCACCUCACAACAACUCUACCCAUAAGCCCUUCCUGGCCUCCCCCAAAGCGAGGGCGUGUUUCCCGUUCCCCGGCUGUACCAUUCGUCACUAAGUGCCGGGGAGAAGAGACUCUGUAACUUUUUCUCUGUGUGGCCGGCCCCCUCCCCAGCCUGCAGCAUCACCGGUACCUGUUGCCAUGGCGACAAGAAGUUAUAUAGAGCGAUGUCUUGAGAGGCCGAAGGACUCACCCGACUUGGGGACUGACCGAAGCCGUGCUCUGAACUGUGUAAUAAGUGCUGCUGAAGAACGACUACUUAUUCCUACGGAAGCGCAGCGGGGACAAUUACCGUAAAACAUGCUCCGUCCCCGGGACCUGAAGCGCAGCUCGGGCACUCGGACCUUCCUGGACGCGAUGCACGGGGGGAAGGUGCACCUGGCGCGCUUCGUGCUGGACGCUUUGGAUCGGAAGAUCGUGAACUCGCCGGCCGGGGAGCAAGGUCGCACUCCGCUCAUGUUCGCCGUGUGUCUGCGGGAGUCCGAGCUCCGCACCAGGUUCAUGCGCCUCCUGCUGGAUAAAGGCGCCGAUGUGAACGCGCAGGACGAGGCGGGACGCACGGCGCUCAGUCUUUCCUGUGAGCUGGGACACCUGGAUGCGGUGAAGAUGCUCGUGCAACACAACGCGGACCCCGAGAUCCCCGACCGAGCAGGGAACAGAGCGCUGAUGUACGCGGCAUCGUGUGGCCGCAGCGCCGAGCUCCACUUCUUGCUCCGCUCCUACAAGCGCUUCGGUCUCCGCCUCGAUGCCAAGAACCGGGCCGGGGUGUCCGCGCUGGAGGCGGCUCGUUUAUCCGGCAACCGGGAGUGUGAGAAGGCGCUGAGCGGCCGCGAGAGCAGCAGACCUGGCAAAGAAGGGGACGGGGCCGGCAGGAGUCCCAAGCCUCUCUCUCGGCAGGUGCUGGAGCGCUUUGCGCGGCCAUUCAGGAAGGCGGAGGAAGAGGAAAGACCCGCCCGCGCGCUACUCAAUCGCUCAACUAGUUGCGCCCCUGCACCCCCCAACCAGCAGCCGCUCCCCUCCUGGAGGCAGAAGUCGCUACCGGAGAAGGAGCUGCUGGAGGUGCCGGGCUCUGCCCUGCUCAGAGCGAACACCUGGGAUGGGCAACAGGCGCCUGGGGGCGGAGCUUCUCAGUGUGGUCGCCUGUUCCGCAGGGUCACAUCGCCCGACUUCUACCAGGGCCUCCCUGCUGGCAUUCUGCCCGGCUACCCCGGGGGCAUGAGGAGGGACAGCAACUGCAGCAGGAGCCAACUCAUCUUGCCCAGCGGCCGCCAGCCUCUUGUCCAGUGAUUGUGGCACCUCAAUAACUUACCCCCAGGCUACGAACUGGCCCCUGAUGGACAAAAGUGUUUCCUAAGAAAUAGGGCUACUGUAUGGGCUACUGUAUGGGCUACUGUAUGGGCUGCAUCUCCCCAUGUUGGACAGUCUCCUGGAGGAGCAACUGAGGGGGGCAGCAAGAAAGUAACCUGAUUAGGGUAGUAUUUACCCUUGGAAACUGCUUCCUGCUAAACAACAUCUGCCCCUAGAGACUCACACAGAAGCUCAUAACCUAUGGCUCUGGCCUGAACAUUGGGUCCAGCCUGUAUAAUUGGGGUUUUUGAUGCAGGAAUAUGUCUUACACCUGCUCUGUAUUUCCCAUUCUUAGACUGUAGAGAUUAAAAUGAUUUUUUUAUCAUCAA